GAUCACAUCAUUUGGAACAAAAUAAUGUUCCGGAUGUAUUUUUUCUUCCAAAUGAUGUAGAUCUUCACCAGGUAAUCAUACUGCCAAAAGCAGAAUGGGAAAGGAUUCAGGACAGUCUUAACAGUGAAACUAGGGAAGCAGCACGCAUCCUCGCUGAGAAGAAAGAACGGGAAGAAAUGCACUUGCGCAGCAAAGCUGCUGUAAAAGACUGGCCCAACAGUCUCCUGAGCCUGAAACAGAAACUUAAAGCCAAAAAAUUACGUGAAGAAAAGGAAGAGGAAGAAAGAAAGUUACUUGAUCUGGAAGAAGAACAGUUCCAAGCAGCAAAACGGAAGGAGGCUAUUGACAAUGCAAAAACCUACCUGUACCAUCAGAACAACAGAGUGAAAGCGUUGCAUAGUGCACUUCUACUUGCUGAGGUUCUAAAAGAGAGAGAUGCUCAAGUUGAAUUUAAAAAGUUAAAGUCAGAUGCUAACAAGAAGAAGGAUGAAGAAAUGGAACGUUACCGUAAAGAAGCCAUUCUCAGAGAGCAAGAAAAGGCACGUCAGCGUCGUGAGAACGAACGGGCACUACGCAGAUACCAGCUGGAGCAAAUAAAGGAGCACAAGCAUCAGGCAGAUCUGGCCAAGCUAGAAGAGAAAAGUGAAGGGGAAGAAAUACAGAGGUUGAACCGAUUGUACCAAUUGGAAAUGGAGAAACAAACUGAAAAGGAAAAGGAGGAAAAAGCUGAACGCCAGAGACGGUUUAAUGAGUACGUCACUGACCAGAAAAUAAUCAAAGCAGUAGAGGAACAAAAACAAAUGGAAGAAGAUGAUCGAAUUAAGGCUUAUUUUAAAGCAAAGGAAACUAUUGCCCAGCUGAUAAAAAAGAAGGAAGCUGAAAUGCGUAGAGCAGCAGCAGAACGUCAAGACAAAAUCAUCACUCAAUUAGCUGGACAAAUGACUGAGGUCUUAAAGAGAGAAGAUGAUUGCCUUGCUAGAGACAUUGCAAAAAAAGAAGCUGAACAUGAAAAGAAAUGCAAAGAGAAAGAAGCGAAAAAAAAGGCAGCCAUUGAAUCUAUUGCUGAAUAUAGAGCAGCUGUGAUGAAAAUGAGAGCGGAAAAAGAGAGAGAGGAAAAAGAAGAGGGUAAAAAAGAGCUCCAUGCGUUAAGGGAAAAGAACCGCAUCCAUCUGGAAAUGGAAAAGGCAAGGAAACAAAGACAGCGUGAGGCAAGCAUGGAAGUACAGAAAUUUCAGAUCCAGCAAAUGGAAAAGCAAGCAGAUUUGGACUAUGAUGCUCAGAAAGAGUUUAUUGCACUUUGUAAGGAGCGUGAAUUUCAGAACUACGCAAAGCAAGUAAUUGAGUCAGAGUCGAAGACCACACAUCAUCUUUAUCCUCUUCUCAAAGCAUCCAAAGAUGAAAGAAGCCUUAGACAGAAGCCUUUUUCAGAGGAAGACAAGGAAUAA